CGUCACUCGCUUUCUCUUCAGUCACUUCCUUUCCAUAAACCCUAAGACUUUUCUUCUCUUCUCUCGUUCCCCCAUCUGUAAAAUACACUUACAGACACAGCGAAAAUGAGCUUCGCAGCGUACAAGAUGAUGCACGCGCCAACAGGAAUCGAGAAUUGCGCGUCGGGUUUCAUCACGCAUUCCGCCGCCGACUUCGCGCCACAGAUACCUCCCAUUCAAACCGACGAUCUCGAUUCCGACUGGCCUGCUGCCAAGGCCACGGGCCCAAUCCCCAACCUCGUCGUCACGGCGGGCAAUGUGUUGGAGGUUUACGUGGUUAGGGUUCAAGAGGAAGGGGCUACGGGCAGGGAAUCAAAGGGCCCGGUACAAGCCAACCGUGGCGGCGUGAUGGCCGGCUUGUCCGGUGCGUCGCUCGAACUCGUCUGCCAUUACAGGCUGCACGGGAAUGUUGAAGCAAUGGCAGUAUUGUCUGUGGGAGGUGUUGAUGGUGGUAGAAAAAGAGAUUCGAUCAUCUUAACAUUCCGAGAUGCUAAAAUUUCAGUUCUAGAAUUUGAUGACUCGAUCCACGGACUCCGAUCAAGCUCUAUGCAUUGUUUUGAGGGUCCAGAUUGGCUUCAUCUGAAAAGAGGAAGAGAAUCUUUUGCAAGAGGCCCAUUAUUGAAGGUUGACCCCCAGGGCAGGUGUGCCGGGGUUCUUGUUUACGGUCUACAAAUGAUAAUACUGAAAGCUGCUGAGGCUGGUUCUGGUUUGGUUGGCGAAGAGAAUGCUUUUAGUUCUGGAACUGCAGUCUCUGCUCGUAUUGAGUCUUCAUAUGUAAUCAAUCUACGAGAUCUGGACAUGAAGCAUGUAAAGGAUUUUAUAUUUGUUCAUGGUUACAUUGAGCCUGUGAUGGUUAUCCUCCAUGAAAUGGAGCUGACCUGGGCUGGGCGUGUGUCAUGGAAGCAUAAUACCUGUAUGGUUUCUGCACUUAGCAUUAGCACAACUUUGAAGCAGCAUCCUCUUAUAUGGUCAGCUGCUAAUCUCCCACAUGAUGCAUAUAAGCUUCUUGCUGUGCCAUCUCCAAUUGGUGGAGUUCUUGUCAUUAGUGCAAAUGCCAUACAUUAUCAGAGUCAGUCAGCAUCAUGCAUGUUGGCUUUGAACAACUUUGCUGUUUCCGUUGAUAGCAGUCAAGAGAUGCCAAGAUCAAGUUUUAAUGUGGAGCUUGAUGCUGCCAAUGCUACUUGGUUAUUGAAUGAUGUGGUUGUGCUGUCGACUAAAACAGGGGAGCUACUUCUGCUGACACUUGUUUAUGAUGGACGGGUUGUGCACAGACUUGAUCUUUCGAAGUCCAGAGCUUCUGUUCUUACUUCGGACAUGACCACCAUUGGCAACUCGUUAUUCUUUUUGGGUAGUCGGUUGGGCGAUAGUUUACUCGUGCAGUUUUCUUGUGGUGGCAUGGGAACGUCACCAUUGCCUCUUGUUUUGAAGGAUGAGGCUGCAGAUAUUGAAGGAGAUGUCCCUUCAGCGAAGAGAUUACGGAGAUCACCUUCUGAUGCUUUACAAGAUAUGUUUAAUGGUGAAGAGCUUUCCUUAUAUGGUUCAGCUCCAAAUAACACACAGUCAGCACAGAAAACUUUCUCCUUUGCUGUGAGGGAUUCAUUGAUUAAUAUUGGCCCUAUAAAAGAUUUUGCUUAUGGUUUAAGGGAUAAUGCUGAUCCCAAUGCCACGGGGAUUGCUAAACAGAGCAACUAUGAGCUGGUGUGCUGUUCUGGUCAUGGAAAAAAUGGUGCUCUUUGUGUGCUUCAGCAGUCAGUUCGCCCUGAGAUGAUUACUCAGGAACAAUUACCCGGUUGCAAGGGAAUAUGGACUGUGUACCACAAGAACACACGCAGUCAUAAUGUUGAUUCUUCAAGGACGGAUUUGGAGGAUGAUGAAUAUCAUGCAUAUUUGAUUAUUAGUUUGGAGACUCGUACCAUGGUUCUAGAGGCAGCCAGUAACCUAGAGGAAGUUACUGAAACUGUCGACUACUAUGUGCAGGGAGGUACAAUUGCUGCAGGAAAUCUCUUUGGGAGGCGUCGUGUUGUCCAAGUCUUUGCUCGUGGUGCUCGUAUACUUGAUGGUGCUUUUAUGACUCAAGAUUUAAGCUUUCGGGCUCCAAAUUCUGAAUCUGCUGUGGUCUCUGAAAGCUUGACAGUAUCAUCUGUUUCUAUAGCUGAUCCAUUUGUGUUACUGAGAAUGACAGAUGGAAGUGUUCAGCUUCUCGUAGGAGAUCCUUCUACAUGCUCAGUUUCUAUCAGCAUUCCAGCGGCAUUUGAGAACUCAAAGAAAUUGAUUUCUGCCUGUACGCUGUAUUAUGAUAAAGGACCCGAGCCAUGGCUUCGGAAAACAAGUACCGAUGCCUGGCUGUCAACUGGAAUACAGGAGGCAAUUGAUGGGGCUGAUGGUACAGCUCAUGAGCAGGGGGACAUAUACUGUAUUGUUUGUUAUGAAAGUGGCACUCUUGAAAUUUUUGAUGUGCCUAAUUUCAAUUGUGUUUUUUCUGUGGAUAAAUUUGUCUCUGGAAAGACCCAUCUUAUAGAUACCUUUAUCCACGAACCAUCAGGUGAUCCUCAAAAGACUCUGGAUAAAAAUACUGAAGAAAUGUCUGGCCAAGGCAGGAAAGAGAAUUCUCAAAACUUGAAAGUGGUUGAGUUGGCCAUGCAAAGAUGGUCAGGACACCAUAGUCGCCCAUUUCUUUUUGGAAUACUAACUGAUGGAACUAUUCUUUGUUACCAUGCUUACCUAUUUGAAGCUUCUGAGAAUGCUUCCAAAAAUGAGGAUCUUGCUUCUGGUCAGAAUUCUGCUACCCUUGGCAAUAUAAGCACUUCUAGGCUUAGAAAUCUCAGAUUUGUUCGUGUUCCAUUGGAUGCAUAUGCAAAGGAGGAGAUAUCUUCUGAAGCCCCGAGCCAACGAAUAACUCUCUUCAAGAAUGUGGGUGGUUACCAGGGGUUAUUCCUUUCUGGGUCAAGGCCAGCUUGGUUCAUGAUAUUUAGGGAACGGCUUCGGGUUCAUCUACAGCAAUGUGAUGGACCUAUUGCUGCCUUUGCUGUCCUUCACAAUGUUAACUGCAAUCAUGGUCUUAUAUAUGUGACCUCACAGGGUAUUCUGAAAAUUUGCAUGCUGCCUUCUGUAUCAAGCUACGACAACUAUUGGCCUGUUAAAAAGAUUCCAUUGAAGGGAACACCCCAUCAAGUCACUUAUUUUGCUGAGAAGAAUCUUUACCCGCUAAUUGUUUCAGUUCCAGUUAUUAAGCCAUUGAAUCAAGUUCUCUCAUCUCUGAUUGAUCAAGAAGUGGGCCAUCAAAUUGAGCAUGACAGCUUGAGUGUUGAUGGGAGUUACACUGUAGAUGAAUUUGAGGUCCGAAUUCUUGAGCCUGAAAAGUCUGGUGGCCCUUGGCAAACUAGGGCUACAAUCCCUAUGCAAAGUUCUGAAAAUGCACUUACUGUGCGAGUGGUUACAUUGCUUAAUACCACAACAAAAGAAAAUGAAACACUUCUGGCCAUUGGAACUGCUUAUUUACAGGGAGAAGAUGUUGCUGCAAGGGGGCGUGUGCUCUUGUAUUCUGCUGAAGUAAAUGCAGAUAACUCAAAGACUCUGGUUUCAGAAGUUUACUCAAAGGAGUUGAAGGGUGCCAUAUCUGCUCUAGCUUCACUUCAAGGUCACUUGCUGAUAGCUUCUGGUCCUAAGAUUAUACUGCACAAGUGGACAGGUUCCGAGUUGAAUGGUGUUGCCUUUUUCGAUGUUCCACCACUUUAUGUCGUGAGUUUAAACAUUGUAAAAAAUUUUAUACUCCUUGGUGAUAUUCACAAGAGCAUAUACUUUCUUAGUUGGAAGGAACAAGGAGCUCAACUUAGCUUGCUGGCAAAGGAUUUUGGGUCACUUGAUUGUUUUGCAACUGAGUUUUUAAUUGAUGGAAGUACACUCAGUCUUGUAGUUUCAGAUGAGCAAAAAAAUGUUCAGAUAUUUUAUUAUGCACCAAAGAUGUCAGAGAGCUGGAAAGGACAAAAGCUUCUUUCACGGGCUGAGUUUCAUGUUGGCGCCCAUGUGACUAAAUUCUUGCGGUUACAGAUGCUUCCUACAUCUGACAGAAACAAUGCUGCUCCUGGCUCUGAUAAAACCAAUCGCUUUGCGCUAUUGUUUGGCACCCUUGAUGGCAGCAUUGGUUGUAUUGCCCCUCUUGACGAACUCACCUUUCGUAGACUCCAAUCACUGCAGAAAAAGCUUGUUGAUGCUGUUCCCCAUGUUGCUGGAUUAAAUCCUAGGUCAUUCCGCCAGUUCCAUUCAAAUGGAAAAGCUCAUCGAUCUGGACCUGACAGCAUAGUUGAUUGUGAGCUGCUUCACCAUUACGAGAUGCUUCCAUUGGAGGAACAGCUUGAGAUUGCUCACCAGAUUGGGACAACUCGCUCACAGAUUAUGUCAAGUUUGCAUGAUCUUAAUCUAGGCACGAGCUUCUUGUGAGGGUAGACACUUGAAUUCAGCAAACAAGUUUGGUACGGCAAAAGGUGACAAGCCAGGUCCUUGUUGGACCUAUAUCAUGCCAUAUACAUAGAAUCUGGUCAUUUUGAUACAGCAAAAAUUGACUAGCUGGGCCGUCGCUGAUCCUAAAUUGCCAUCUGCAUAGAAUCUGGUCAUUUUUUGAUACAGCAAAAAUUGACUAGCCGGGUCCUUGGUGGUCCUAUAUCAUGUGCCAUCGACAUAGAAUCUGAUGAAAUCUAACCAAUUCAAUCUAAGAUUGGCUCCUCCUUUGCUCCUGCCGUGGAUGAAAGUGAACUCAUGUGUCACUUUUUAACAGGGACGGCCAAUUUUAUCUAUGCUAUGGGAGGGUGGGAAUAUGACCAAAACAGUUGUAAGCUUGAGAUCCUCGGAAAAUUUUGUGUGAACGCCCAUGCUUUCGGCCCACUGCCUGGAUUUAAUGUAUUUUCCAGUAGGAGCUGAGCCAAUUGUUCUAACAUGUAAAUAGAAGAUGCAAAUCUGUCUUACUCUUUCUUCUUUUGUUCUAUAUAUAUAUAUAUAUACUGUAGGAAUUGGGUUCAA